AUGUGCACUUUCGAAGAAACUACAGAUAGACCAACCAUUGAAGCUUGCCAGGCGGCUAAUUAUAAAACAUGGGGGCAACCAUUCACGCUCAAACAAUACCAAUAUCGUGAUUGGUUGAAUUACAGUACCGAUUAUGAUAAACUUGGUGUUAAUGACCACUAUUUUAUAUUGAAGAAUGAUAAAGGAGCCGUUGUGUCUGCAUGUGAAGUGAUAAUGAGAGAUUCGGUUGUUAAGACCAAAGAUGGACUGCAAAAGGCAAGGACGGGGACUAUUGGUUCCGUUUACACACCGCAUGAGUACCGUGGCCAAGGCUAUGCCAGUAAGCUGCUCACUGAACUUUCAAAACAUCUGGAUACGAAAUACUUGUCUAAUGAAUGGGACUGCUGUUUAUUAUACAGUGAAAUCGGCGAUUACUAUUCCAAAUGGGGGUGGAUUGAUCAUUCUGUUAAGGUUAGAGAUUUGAGUUGCACCAAUUACAUCUACACAGGUACCUAUGAAAACGUGGUUGAAAUAAAAAACGACUUUCGGGAAGUUGUGGAGGAUUUCCAAAAACUGUUAGUAGAAGACCUCUCACAAACGGAGGAACCUGCGUUCGUUGUCGUUCCUACUGAGGGACUGUACGGUUGGUGGACCAAUAGAGUGAGGGUUUCAUACUGGGCCACCCAUGAGCCAGACGGUAAGGAACCGAAAGAUUCCCUUCGGAAGGACAGUGUGCUCUAUCCUAUAACAAUGGGAUUUAAGUUUAUCGAUGAUACUGACAAGCUUAACUAUAUAGUCGUUAGCCCUUUAUUCCAUAAGUUAGAAUGUUCCAUUUUGGUUUUAGUGUCAUACGGAAAGAAACAAGAAGAGACAUUGCUUUCCCUUGUAUCUUCCAAGUGUAAAGAAUGGGGGAUUCCUAAGCUGCAUGUUUGGGAAGGUACCUUGAAAUACAUUACUCCGACCGAACCACUUACAAAAAAUGGAUCUCUGAGUUAUGUGCGUUUUAGGGGAGGGAAACAUGUCGAUGCUAAAUGGGUCGGCAAUGGAGAAUGGGUCUGGUUUUAG